CCGGAACCUCAACAUCAGUCAACACUAGUAGUAGGAAAACUGUAAGAAGAACUCAGGAAAAGGAAUUGUUGGCAAAAUUCAAUUGUUUGAUGGGAUGAACAGAAGAAACGUCUCCCCCUGCCAGACACUCCUCCUCCUCCUCCAUCUCUUCCAGCAUGCCUCAUCACUCUCCUCCCAUUCUCCACCCGAUCCGCUUGCCUAUCCCAAGUACUCCGUCAGUCUUUCUGGAUGGGAUGAUGCUAUCAAUAACCAUACGGCUACCGCUAUCCUCAGUAAUCUUCAAUCUGAAUCCAAGGAUGACGCUGUUAGCAUCUUGAACUAUAACUCGUUCUCCCAAAACGACCAGGCCGAACUCAGACAUACGCUGAUGCGAACAGCCUCUGGUCAAGCAUUCCUUUGUGCACUUCCGCCCAUCCCCCCAUCAGCUUCUUCAAAGACUGCCGCCACACCGAAAAGUAACCUACCUGACCUCCCAAGCUCUGACACGGAGGAUCUGGAGAGGAAGAAGCAACGUGAAAAAAUUGAGGAAGAAGGUCUCAAAAACGGACUCAAGUUGAUUUCAUCUUUGAAAGAUCGCUGCAUAUACACUAAGCUAGGAUGGUUCACUUAUUCAUUUUGCUACGGUAAAGGAGAAAUUAAACAGUUCCACGCAAUCAUGGUUCCGGGGUUCAAUCAUCCGCAAGAAGAUCCUAAUCAAGAUGUAUACGUACUAGGCUUCCAUCUCGAUCACCCACAAAACCCUCAUCAUCAAGCGAGGUUAGAGGGAACCUUACCUGCACAGUCGAUAUCUGCCGGGGAGGGAGAACUGACCUCGUUAGGCCGCAAUCGCUUUGCUUCUGGAGGCGGAUCUAUACUGGGCAGUAUUUCGGAUGUAUUGCGAGAUGAGUCGGUCAUCAAAAGCUCUGUGGAGAAGGAGGAAGAAGAAUUCCAGCAGAAGCGCUACCUAGUUCAACGUUGGGACGGUGGGACGACUUGUGACAUGACUGGCAAGCCUCGCUCCGUGGAAGUUCAAUUUCACUGCUCGACCCUCGGUUCCGAUCACAUUGCUUUGCUUCGAGAAACUAGCAUUUGUGAAUAUCUUUUAGUCAUUCACACCCCUAGAUUAUGUUCUGAACCGUUAUUCCGAGACGGCGGCGCUCGAAAAGGUAUCGGGGCUGGGGAUAUGGUUGCUAAUAUUGGGUGCCGACCCGUACUGACGAACGAAGAAAUCGAAAAGUGGAAGGCGAAUGAGGAGGCACGAAAAAAGAAGGAUGAAGAAGAAAAACUUAAAAAAUCUCAAUCAUUGGAUGAAACCCCGAAGGAAAACACAAAGGCUGAUGAAAGUUUUACCGAUAGUGUCAAGAGCACUACUUCCUCAGAAGCACCUGCCGAAAGCGAUGCCUCGAACGUCCCGUCGCAUCAAGAGAAACUGAAUGAAUCCCCCGAUAACGAGGAGCAGGCGCCUGACAGUAUACCCGAUCAAACAGUGCUAAGCCAAAACACUGACCAAGCCACCGACGGCGCCGAUUCUCAGCAAUCCGCUAACAAGGAGGAUAGUCAAAAAACAACAGUGAAAGGCGAAACGCUUGAAGAACUAGAAAUCGAUCCUAUCACCGUUUAUUUUGACGCUGACACGGGAAAGAUGUACAUGGACAAAUCGGCUGCUGAUGAGGCGCGUGGUCGUCCUUCAUCUACCACAGCGGACGGCAAGACUCAAGGUACUAAAUCAGACUCAAAAACCGAAGGGAAAAAUUCACCCAGUGAUCAAGCUAACAAAGAUUCGAAUGAACUAGAAGAGAUUGCCAAAGCUCUGAAGGAAUCACUCGGCGCAUUGCUGAGAGAUUUGCGAGGCGAUGAUGAAGGCAACGCUGGCCGAAGAUUGAACACCAACCGAGUUAAUCAAAGACCGAGAUCGCUCGCAGAAGUUCUGGCCUCUUUCAAGUCUGGCGAUUCGCCUCUGGGCACGAAAGCCAAACUUAAGAAUCAAAAGUUCACUGACGGACAUCCGCCUGCUCAAACCCCCGAAGAUAUCAAGAAACUUUCGUCCGAAAGUCAUUCAAAAUUGGUCGAAAUGUAUCAGCAAAAAUUCAAUAUCCAAUCUGAUAAUCAACCUGUCCCCAAUAACAAGGAAACUCAGGAGGAUUCUAAUAAAGAGGAGGAUAAAAAUUAGGAAUUACUUGAACUGAAAGUCAUUAGAAUAAUACAUCCAACACUUGAAAAUGAUACACAAAAUAUUCAGAAAAGAAAUGGAUAAACUGCUAUACUUCCUCAAAACCCUAUGUGCAUCUUAUAGAUUUUUUUUUCUCUUUCUUUCUUUUUUUUUUGUAUGUAACUUUUUUUUGUGAAAAAUAAAUACCG